GCCAAAUAUCUUUUUCUUGCCAUUUCUUCGGAACCUUCUCAGGAGAAUGACGAAGCGAGUAGCCACAACCUCUGUUGCAUACAGUCGUACCCACGAGUUAUCAAUAGUUAGUUGUCAAAGCCCACUCUGUCCCUUUGUUCUGAAAAGUACCUAGCGCUAGCCAGUUGUGCAUAAAACAGACGUGAACACAAGCAACAUGGCGAUCGAUAUGGGUAUAUUGCAGGCUCUGGCCGCCAACGUCCUUUCGUGGGUAUUUUCUACGUUUCUUCCCGCUUUCAUGCCCAAACUGCUUCCCGCCAUUGAAGCAGAGGAUACUAGUACUCGGGCUUCUGCCGAGUCGGAAACCAAUCAAACCAAAUGCAUUGCCAUUGGUCGUCCCGGCGGAUCGGAACAACUCCGCCUCAUUGCGCUCCAACCAGGCAUUGCUACCUGCGGCUACAACAUAAAAGGGUUCAAAUGCCCUUUUACCAAACCAUUGAAGGACGACACCCCUCCCGACUGUGUGGUACUCCAAAACGAAGCCUUUAGCGUCAAUUACGCCGACUGCUGUAUCCGAUGGGGUCUGUACGAAUCGGCCAACCAAUUCGUGGGAUGGCCCAUUGUGCCAGGCUUUGAUGUGGCGGGAACGGUCGAAAAGGUGGGAUCUUCCAGCUCGUUCCAAGUGGGCGACAAGGUCUUUGGAUGUACCCUCUUUGGUGCCUACUCGACACGGGUCUUGGUUCCCAGUCUGCAGUUGAAAAAGAUUCCAGAGGGUCUUUCCAUUCCACAAGCAGCUUCCUUGCCAGCCGUCUCGUUGACCGCACUUUAUGCCCUCUUUUUGGCAGGCCAUUAUGGCAGCCACUAUAAACUCACGAACCGAGCUAUAUUGAUUCAUUCCGCUUCGGGUGGGGUGGGCAGCAUGCUGGUACAAAUGUCCAAAAUUUUGGGUUUGAAUCCCAUUGUAGGAGUGGUGGGUCGAACGCAAAAGGUGGAGGAAGCCAAACGAUUGGGCUGUCAUGUCGUCAUUGACAAGAGCCAGGAAGAUCUCUGGCUCAAGGCAGAAGAGGCAUCCCCGCAGGGUUACUCUGCCGUUAUGGAUGCCAAUGGCGUGUCCACUCUGGAAGAAUCCUAUAAUCAUUUGGCCGCGAGUGGUCGACUGAUUGUCUACGGUUUUCAUUCCAAUCUACCCAUUGGCCGCGCGGCACUGUCCCCCAUGGAAUGGAUAAGCAUGGCACAAAAGGCAUCGAGUAUGCCCAAAUUUGACCCCAUGGAUCUGACAAAGUCCAACAAGAGCAUCUUGUCGUUUAAUCUGUCGUUCUUUGCCGAUGAAACUGACGUGUUGAGUCAAUUCUUUGAUCAAAUAUGCGAAUGGAUCCAACAAGGCAAACUGGCACCCCCACGAGUGGUGGAGUACCCCAUGGACCAAAUAGUGGAGGCACACGAGUUGAUUCAAAGUGGCAAGAGUAUUGGUAAAAUUGUCUUGACAACCCCAGCAGAGCCCGACACUAUUUAG